AUGGCGGCCCCGAUUCAGCGCUGUCCAUCAGUAUUGUUUCCGCGACUGCCAGCAAAUGGAUUCGACCCGCUCUGGAUUGAGGGCAAUUACUCUGGGGAAAUACCGGAAGAAAUCGCUGAAUACCUCGGGUCCGAGGAGAGCAAUAAAUCCACCCAGAUGAUCGGCUCGAAUAGAAGCAUUUUCUGGCUAUUCGGACUAAACGACCUGGUAAAGGUUAUCGAUGAUCCGGCUUGUCUCAUAGAAGAUGAAGUGGUCCUUGUCCCUCAAGGCACACACCCGGUAGGCUUCUUGCUGAACCGGUACGUGGAAGAGCGGAAGAUUCCCGGGUAUAUAUUCAAGAGGUACGAGAGGUACUUCACGGUCUGUCCACCAUUAUUCUCGCCUACAGCUGUUGCUUUGCCGCUGGGUGAUACACCUUCUCAAGUCACGGACGGCAUCACUCACCACAGGAUUCCCGAGCUGUAUCCCCUUUGUCGCCCACAAACAUUACCGGAGACAGUCCUAUGCUUAAAGAUGAAACGUCAUAAAAGUACAGAAAAAUUAGAAGCCCAGUUGAGAAAUCAGUUACGGGAUACCCUAGAUCUGGGAAGCGGCGCGUUUCUCUUCAGGGGGUUGUCACGUCAAGCUGCGUGCUUAACGAUGACUUUCUUUUUACCUGUGAUGUCGAGUACUAAUUUCGAUAAUGAAUUCGGCCCCGGAAUCUAUGCCACCAAGGAUCUCAGCACCGCGCUCGAUUACGCUGGAUUAAACGGAGCUGUGAUGGUGUUCAAGUACACUGACUACCAAGACCUUUCAGUCUGGAACCCGGAUAAAGAACAGUGGAAGAUUUUGACAGCAUCUUGGCUGCAGAUCCCCUUAACAGAUCUCCAAAUGCCUGAUGAGCAAAAGGAAGCGGACGUGAUACAGGGACCAUUGUCGGCCGAUCCAUCCAUGGCCAAGAAGCAGAAACGGUUUCUCAACCAGGGAGACAAAAUUCAGAUUGCAUGUGUUAGUUAUGAGAGCUGUAAGCGACUUGCUGCUUCGUUGAUUGCUAUAAUAUAUCUUACAAGUUAG